AUGAGUACGGUAAAAGCAAACAACUACCUUGGUGUCCUAGACGCAGCUCGCUGCAAUGGCGAGUGGGAUGGCAUUCCAGAGCAUGCCCGAAAGGUUCAAAAACAUGCUCCCGGAAGAAAAUGCCUCGCUCUGACCGCCUCGACCGAAGCAAAACUUUAUCGCCUUCCUCACCUUGGAGUAGGGUCUACGGCUGACGCUAUUGCAAACUACCACGCAACCCUUACAGCUCUACAAGGUCCCUUACAGGCAGAGCUGGACUCCCAUUCAAAUGUUGCAAGCCUACCUAGUCCCUCCGGGGGUGCUCACAGCAUGGUAACAACCCCCGAUGAUAUACUGCAAGCACGAACAAUCCUUUCAUGGCUCUAUUCUCGGAAAGGGGACUGGGAAACUGCUUUGAGGAUCAUACCCGGUGAAGAUGAGGUUGGGGAAAGUUGGGUUGGUGGGGGAAAGGGGGAUUACAUUGGUGUGAUUAGGAUAAAGGCACUCGUGCUGAAAGGGAUUGCUCUGGCCCAUCAAAGCCCCGAUGAUCUUUCGUUACCACUCCAAAACUACCGCGCAGCGACAAAACUUCCGGCAACAUACACGCCGGCACAACAGACAUCGGCUUCAUUUCUGUUGUGGACGGAGAAAGCACUUUCUCACCACGCUCUUACAGCUUACAGCUGCUGGCUUGAUAAUCACAUUCUUCCAGGGGAAUCGAGCGAAGGCGAAGAAACGCCAGAGAUGCAGGAAUACGUAGCUCAAGAAGUUGGAAUGGCUGAUGGUAGAACAACAAUCGAUGAAGCUUCUGUUGCAAGGGCAUUCAGGAGUUUUCAUCAGUUUGUCGCUGGCCUUUCAUCCGCUGCACAGGUACAAAUUGGGCCUGUCGGUACUGUUCCGGCGGCUACAGAGAGUGGCUUAAACACAGAAAAGGAAUUGGAGAGAAGGGAAGUCUACAGAAAUUACUUCAAGUUUAUCUCACUCCUCCUCUUACCCGAAGGUCACCCAGAUCGGCCAAUUCCUCGGAAGCUACCAUCGUUUAAACCUGAAGCAGGAAGAACUAUUUCUGUUGUGCCUACAAACAGCCCACCAACAGGAAUGAUGCACAAAGCGGGGACGGCCGAGGUAUUAAAAGCAGAACUUAAGGUUGUGGAGCAUGUUUAUGAAGAAUACUUGCUGCGUGGUCUUAACUUUCCCAGGGCCGAUGAGUAUCAUGGGGCUAUAGGCGAAUGGGUUGACCUUGUUGUACAGGACUGGAGGGUUGCCGGUGGCUCUGGAGAGGAGGCUCCGGCAGUAGUAGAGAUUUUAUAUAGGGCUGCCACGAAGACAUUCCAUUCACCGAGAAUAUUAAGGCAUCUCUUCACUGCUCUUACAGCAGUAGGGAAUUUCCCAGAUGCUGUGAGAUCUUUGGAUACUUACGUUGAUUUGGUCCAGAGAGCCAAAGACAGGAUUUCGAAAGGGCAUAUAGAAAAGGAUAUCGACGACGAUAAAACAAUUCUUGAAACGACAGUUGAAGGGAUCCGUGUUCUUUGCGGGCUCGUAGGUGAUGCUGGGAAGGGAAUGGCUUUGGCCGGAAGGAUCGAAAGAUGGAUUGACGAAUGGCGAGUAAGAGAUGAUGAUAUGCUCGCGUCUGUUUACAGAGGCAUUGGGACUGCAAAUGCGACCUGGGCACGACAUACUAUCGAUGGAGACAGUAGACCGGAUAUACAGAGAGCAGCGGUGAGAGCUUUCGAGAAGGCAUUAACACACGAUCAGUUCGAUAUUGAUGUGUGGUAUGGACUGGCUCUCGUCCAGCUAGAGGUAGGAGACAUCGAUUCGGCAAUGGAGAGUACCAAAAAGGGCUUGGUCAUCGUAAAAUACCUCACGGAGGAGGAGUUUGAUGAUGCCUGGGAUGGAAGACGGGAUUAUAAACGUCGCACGGUGCCUCUAUUACAUCUAUUAUCACUCCUGAUGACUGUGACGGAGAAUUUUGAGGAAGCUAGACAGGCAUGUGCAAACGUUUUUGAAAUACUGGGAGAAGAUAUGUCGGUGUUUAGAGGGAUGGGUAUCGGUGAAAAGGAGAGUGUUCUCGAAGUGAGAAUGACUCAAAUUGCCAUAGAGGAAGCUCUAGAUGGAGUUGGAGUUGCGGUGAAGAUGGCCGAUCAUCUACUGGAUAUAUAUGGACGCCUGUUUGAGGCAGCACAGCUGGACCAUAGCUCCCGGUCCUUGCAUGACAAUGGUCAGUUGGAUAAUCCCCCGCCCACCCGACCAAAUACCACAAAUAGGAAGCCCCGGCUCCUAGGAGGCAGACGGAAAAGCAUGUUUUCUACCACUGUAUCAAGCUUACCACCGGAGGAAUUCAUAGGAGACUCUGGAAGCAUUCGCCCAAUAUCAGGUCAUCAAUCCUUGCGACAAUCUACCGGUCUCGGCCCCGGCCCUGAUGCUCCCCAAAUACAGGUUACAGAUGUCCAUGGAGGUGCCUAUCAAAACGAUAAUCUACUAAAGAAAACUGGACGCCCUAGUAGUGUUUCUAGCGGGACAAUUAGACGAAUGAAGUCAUUUUCGAGUAUGAGGUCGGGCAAAGGAGAUCAUGGGCGAAUGCCCAUUCCAGACGUUCCCACACCGCCACUACCUAGCGGUACAAAUACUUCCUCGGCAAGUGUUGAGCGAAGUCCGGCUGGGAGCGUCAAGGAGAAUCAUCACCACAAUACCCACCUUUUUCAAAUGCUUAAGUUGAAGUUGCACAAACAUCAAUUACAGGAUAUGGGUACUGCUGGAUCUUCCUCUGAACCGUUGUCCCACAUCGGAUCCACUACAUCAUUCAUGACUAAUGAUAGUUCAAUCACCCCAAUGGACAGUGCUACAGAGGGUCACAUGGGAAGAGAAGCUCCACGAGCAGAAGACAUCCCGAACAACCUUUCACAAAGCAAGUUGCCGUACCCAAUACGUGCAUUGCGGAGCGGAAUAACAGAUGAGAUUGGAAAAGAUGCCAAGCCACGGAGCAUUAGGCGACCGAAGCAACUCCCAGAGCCAAAGCUCCAUGAAGAGGAUGAAAAAAGAAGGGCUUUAGCGGCUUUAAGGAAAGUCUGGAUUUUUAUUGGAGGUUUAGCUAGGAGAUCAAAAGAUUUUGGUGGUGCCACUUAUGCUCUUGACGAGGCUAGUGCUUUGAUUGGGCUGAAAGGAGAAGGUGAAGCAGAUGUUUUGACAGAGAGGGGAUUCUUGGCAAUGGAAGAGGAGAAAAAAGCUGUGGCUAUUGAGUAUUUUAAUGCUGCUAUAGCGCUUGAGGUCAACCACCCACUUGCCAUCGUGGGUCUUUGUCAAUUGCUGCUCCAAAUUCCUGCCACACCAACCCCGAUUCCUGUAGUAACUCCUGCAAAUAACAUGGUUGAUGUAGCGGCCCGACCCUCCACCUCUUCUUCUUCAGUGGUAGCAGCAAAGUCGCCAAAUAACAGUGUGUCAGAGGAUGAAUUAAAUCUCUCUUCUCUUGCUUCGAUUAAUCGUGCACUCGGCCUACUGGAGCACCUUACAGCUACAAGUCACGGCUGGGAUAUACCAGAGGCAUGGUUUGCACUCGCUAGUGCCUACGAGCUUCUUGGUGAAAUGGGAAGAGCGAAGCGUUCGCUGUGGAGGUGCGUCGAAUUGGAGGAUGCAAGAGCUGUGAGGGCAUGGUGCAAUCUCAAGCCCAGAGUUCUUUAG